AGAUAUCAUCGUCUAUAUACCAUUUCGAUACGGAAAAUUUACAUGAUAUAAUUGCACAAGAUAAUCCUAUUAACGACCCAACGGAAUUAGAAGAUUUCGACAUUUUAAACUCUUUUUCAAAAUUAAUCGAAGAAGCAUGUCAAAUUGAAAAUUUUUACAAUUCUUAUGAUAACAUGCAAUUUAAUAAAAGAAUGUGUAGACACUUAGGUCGAUGUAUCAUUAAAGCUGUAUCCGAGGUUAAGUUGCUUCAAAAUCAAACCGACUAUGAAGAUUUCUUGACGCUGGAUAAUUAUAAAUUCUUUCUUAAUUUUCUGCAAGAUCUUAAGAAAAUCAAAAAUUUUAUUGAGAACAUUUCUCAAAUCAGAAGAUUAAAAUCUUUUAUUCAAGAAACCGAUGAUGGAAUUUCAUUUGGUCGAUUAAAGAAUGAAUGUGUCAAAUUAUUAGAAAAAUUUCAUGAAUCUACAUCAUCUCUCGGAUUUAAUAUUCAGAUAGAUGACAAAACUGACAAUAUACACAAAGAUAUUGAAGAAACAAAAAAGGCAUUUGAAUGCAAUUUUGAAGAUGAUUCAAUGUUUAACUUUAUCAAAAAGAUAAGUGCACGUAUUCAGAAUGAUAUGAGAUUAUUCUGUGUUCGAAUAGCGCUUUUAAAAAAUUUAAAAGGUUUAGCUAAUAUAUCCAAUUUUUAUGAUACUCGAACUAAGUUAAAAUUUGCAUUAGAAAUAUGUAAUGCAUUAGUAUUUUUAAAUGCAGUGAACUUUUUACAUCGGGAUAUAAAAUCAGAAAAUAUCCUGAUUACAAAUGAUCGUAAAGCCAAAAUUACAAAUUUUUGUCAGAGUCGAUUAGUUACAGAUGAAUCAGGAAUACUUGCUACUAAAAUUGCUUGA